AUGCCGCGGACGGCGGACUACGGCCGGGACCGCGCCUUCCGCACCUUCGAGGGUCUCUUCGGGGACGUGCACGCCCGGUGGCGGCCGGGCCUGAAGGUGACAGGCACCUUCAAGUCCCGCGGCAAGAAGGUGACCAUCACCAUCCACCCGGAUGGGACCACGGAGGAGCACGAGGAGGUCUCUAGAGGUGGAGGCUACUCCUCAGUGACCACCAUCGGCGAAGACGGCGCCCAAAGCAACAUGCAAAUCUCCCUGGACUUGUCCCAGCUGGCGGAGAACUUUGAGAACCCUCUCCUCAGGUGGAGUGUGUCCAUUCUGUUGCCGCUGCUGGUUUGCCUCUGCAACCCCUGCUGCUGGUGCGCAGGCUGCGGAUACUACUGCUGCUUUCGCAAGAGCCGGACUGACUGA